AUGGCGGACUUUGAUCUAUCGACUUCUUUUGUCCCUUCUCUCAACAAGCCGUCCUCUCUCCUUCCUAUUGCACGUCAUCGUCAGAGUCUACUAUAUCUAGUUGAAACUUUUCCAGUAAUCAUAGUUGUUGGUCAAACAGGAAGUGGAAAGACAACACAGAUCCCACAGUUUCUCGAACAGGCAGGAUGGUGCGAAGCAGGCAAAGUUGUUGCGGUCACGCAGCCCCGGAGAGUCGCUGCUACUACCGUGGCCACUCGGGUCGCAGAGGAGGUUGGAUGCAAUUUAGGGGAAGAAGUCGGCUACUCCAUUAGAUUCGAGGACUUGACCAGUGCCAAAACUCGCAUCAAGUUCUUGACCGAUGGUCUUCUUCUUCGAGAAGCACUUGCAGAUCCUCUCUUAUCGAGAUACUCAAUUGUCAUGGUCGACGAAGCUCAUGAGCGCUCGCUAAGCACUGAUAUACUCCUCGGCGUACUGAAGAAGAUUAGCAAAAGGAGGUCAGAUCUCCGUAUAAUUAUCAGUAGCGCAACAUUGCAAGCAGAAGACUUUCUUCGUUUCUUCUCUGGAGAACAACCCGAACAGAACGGUGAUGCAGACGAGCACUCUGUAGGUCGGAUCAUCAGCCUAGAAGGACGCAUGUAUCCAGUGGACACGAUGUAUCUUGAGGAGCCGGCCGAAAACUACGUCGAAAGGGCAGUGAAGACCGUAUUCGAUAUACACGCCAGUGAAUCGGAUGGCGACAUACUCAUUUUCCUGACAGGUCGAGAAGAGAUUGACACGGCUCUUCAGCUAAUUGCAGACCGAGCAGCGUCUCUACACCCUCGGGCUCAAUCUGUCCUCUCGCUGCCUCUAUAUGCUGGGCUAACGAGCGAGCAACAGCUCUACGUAUUCGAGCCUGCUCCAGAGAAUACCCGCAAAGUCAUCGUCUCAACGAACAUUGCGGAGGCUUCAGUGACCAUUGAUGGCAUUGUCUAUGUCAUUGAUUGUGGCUUUGUUAAGCUGCGUGCCUUUAAUCCUAAGACUGGGAUUGAAACUUUGACAGCCACGCCGGUUUCCAAGGCAUCGGCCACGCAGCGUGCUGGACGAGCAGGGCGGACGAAAGCGGGGAAAUGCUACAGGUUGUAUACGCAGCUGGCUUACCAGAGUCUACCGGAAGCCACCGUGCCUGAAAUCCAGAGAUCAAAUCUUGCACCAAUCAUUCUCCAAUUGAAAGCACUUGGCAUCGACAAUGUUCUUCGCUUUGAUUUUCUCACCCCUCCACCAGCAGAAUUGAUCAUCCGUGCGCUGGAGCUGUUGUACUCGUUGGGAGCGGUGGAUGACUACGCAAAGCUCACUCGGCCCUUGGGCGUACGCAUGGCCGAACUUUCGGUUGAACCAAUGAUGGCUAAGGUCCUCUUGUCAGCAUCUACUAUGGGCUGUAUGAGUGAGAUUUUGUCUAUUGCGGCAAUGACUAGUUUGCAAGGAGCCGUGUGGUUUCAUCACGAUGGAGAGAAGAAGGCAACGGAAUCUGCUCGUCGCAAAUUCGCCGUCGAGGAAGGAGAUCACCUUACGUUACUCAACGUAUAUCAAGCUUUUGUGACUAAAGGCAGGAAGGAUUCGAAAUGGUGUCGGGACAAUUGUCUUAAUUACAAAUCUAUGACACGCGCCGUCAGUGUUCGAACUCAGCUAAAGCGGCAUCUAGAGCGGUUUGGAAUAGACGUUGAUGAAACACUUGCCACGAGUAAGAAGGCUGACGAAGUGUCUGAUAAAGGAAAACAGAUCAGAAAGUGUCUAGCAGCUGGAUAUUUUGCUCACGCCGCCAGGAUGCAGCCUGAUGGGGUCUUCAAGACAGUCAAUGGGAGCGUGACUUUGCACGCUCAUCCAAGCUCUCUCAUGUUUAAUAGGAAGGCGGAUUGGGUCAUCUUCCACGAGAUCCUCGAGACUGGGAGCAAGACCUUUAUUCGAGAUGUCACAAAGAUCGAGAAGGGCUGGUUGCUUGAUGGCUCGUUGUCCACGUAUUAUGAAAUCACGGAACAUUGA